GCAUUCCUCGGUUUCCCAUUUCGCAAAUCCAAUUCUUCUUUCCACUUCACAGUUUCAGUCGCAAAGCAAAUGAUCACACAACAAGAACCCGAUUUAAAUCUCAAUCACCUUAAGCUAUAUUACGGAAAGCUGUUUCCUUUUGCCGAUUUAUGCAGAUGGGUGUCUUAUGGCAACGAUGCGAAGCACCCUGGUUGUGAUCAAUCCUAUAUGGGACGGAGAGAGUUUUCCUUCACUCUGGUGGAUGAUAUUUAUCUGCGUUUCCAAUCUUUCAACAAUGCACAUGAGCUCGAAAAUUCAGUCAAAGAGAAGUCCCCUGUUAAGAUAGAUAUUGGGCCUGUCUACUCUGUUGAUCCUGCAAAAAGGUAUGCCUAUGCGCAGAGUGAAAAUAAUGUCUUUGCCCCAGUUGAGAGGGAGUUGAUUUUCGAUAUAGAUAUGACAGACUAUGAUGAUGUUAGAUACUGCUGCUCAGGUGCUGACGUUUGUUUGGUUUGCUGGCCGUUAAUGACUAUAGCAAUCAAAGUGAUUGAUACUUCCUUGAGAGAUGACUUUGGUUUCAAGCACGUUCUCUGGGUAUACAGUGGACGCAGAGGUGUUCAUUGCUGGGUCUGUGAUGGGAAGGCAAGAAGGUUGUCUAAUGAGCAGAGAGGUGCUAUUGCUGACUAUUUUCGUGUCUACAAGGGCAAUGAAAAUAGUCAUAAGAAGGUUUCUUUGACGGGUGCUGCUCUUCAUCCUUUCUUGGCGACAUCAUACACUAACGUUCUCAAAGACUAUUUCGAGAAAAAUCUGCUUACCGGACAAAAUUUACUUGCUACCGAGGAGAGAUAUGAGAAAAUUCUAAGCAUGAUUCCUGAUGAAUCUAUUGCUUCUGAACUUCGGGGGAGAUGGCACGAUAGUAGGCGGUCUUCUAGUGCAAAAGAAGACAUCAAUGUUGUUCGAUGGGAACAACUCAAACAGUUGCUGCAAUCUGGAAAACAUAAGGCGCAAGGGCUGCGCCGAUGUGUUGAAGAGAUUGUGUUCUCCUUUACAUAUCCGAGGCUGGAUAUGGAGGUUUCUAAACAUAUGAAUCAUUUGCUCAAGGCACCAUUCUGUGUACAUCCUAAAACAGGUCGUGUCUGUGUCCCAAUUGAUCCAAAUCGGUGCGACGAAUUUGAUCCUACUACAGUACCCACCCUUUCACAGCUGAUAGAAGAGCUUAAUUACGAAGGCUCAAGAUCUGAUGUUGAUGGUGCAGAAUUGAAUAGAACUUCGCUUGGACAUGCCAUUACGCUCUUCAGAUCGUCAUUCUUACAUCCUUUACUAAAAGUCUGCAAGGAAGAGAUAGAAAAUUCGUAUAACGUAAAAUUGCAGCAGUCAAAGAAUUCCCUUGGUUGGUAAAGCCACCUAUGCUUCAUAUUGGUUAGACAGAGCUGUCUCGAGGUCACAUUAAUGGACACAAUCAAAAGAUGGAAUGUUCAUGGUACUGUUGAAUUAUAAAGAAGCAUUUUAACUCUUGUAUUUUAAUACAACUGCAACCGUUCUUCUGGUGAGAGAAAGGCAAUUAAUUUGAACCUUUCCAUUCGUCCACUGUAUAAAAUUUUGGAUGGCCCGUGUUACGUAAAAGAUAUUUCUGCCAGUAAAUGGAAAUUACCAGUAAUUUUAA